AUGGCAGAUGAAAAGUAUGAUGCCGUUCUCUUCUCCUUGGCACAGCAAAUGCCCGGUGGUGUUCCUGAUCUUUUCGAUGUCCUGUUUAGUUUUUUGUCAAGGAAAACCGAUUUCUACUCCGGUGCUGGAAUCGAUGAAGCACGAAGUUUGGUAAUGAAAUAUUUCGAGAAGCAUGGCAAGGAAGCAGCCCAGAAAGCAGCUGAAAUCAAAAGAAAGAAGGAGGAGGAAGAGAAGAAACUUGCAGCAAAACGAGCUGCCCAAAAAGCCAAAGAGGAGGAAGAGUUUAAGGCAGCACAAGCAAAGCUGCAAAGUGAGAGCAAGAUCGAGGAAAUAACCGACGCAGAAGCUGAAGAAUUUGAGAAGAAGCAUGGUGAAAAGCGAGUGCUGUCUGACCAAGAAAAGGCCGAAGAGAAGAAAGCCGACGACAAAAAGCCGUCAGGUAGUGGAGAUGAUGAUGAUGAAGGAACUGGUCUAAUGCCUAACUCUGGAAAUGGUGCAGAUCUAGAAAAUUACCAGUGGACUCAAACUUUGCAGGAGGUUGAGGUGCGAAUUCCAUUCAAAGUUGGUUUUCCACUGAAAUCGCGCGACAUCGAAGUCAAAAUCGAAAAACACCACAUUCGUGUCGCUUUGAAAGGACAUCCUCCGAUAAUCGAUGGUGCCUUGCAUGCUGAAGUAUGUAGUUUUUGCUCGUUCUCUUUUUCAAUGUUCUUUCUUUUUCGUCGUGAUCACAUCCUUACUCAGAUCAAAGCGGAUUCGUCAGCAUGGGUGCUCGAAGAUAAGAAAACUGUGAUGAUUACCUUUGAGAAGUUGAACCAGAUGAGUUGGUGGACCUGUGUUGUGAAAGGUGAUCCAGAGAUAAAUACAAGGAAGGUUGUGCCUGAAAACUCGAAAUUGUCAGAUCUUGAUGGUGAAACCAGGACCAUGGUGGAGAAAAUGAUGUACGAUCAACGCCAAAAGGAAUUAGGGCUCCCUACGAGCGAAGAGAAGAAGAAGCAUGAUCUUUUGAAGAAGUUUAUGGAGCAACAUCCGGAGAUGGAUUUCUCAAAUGCAAAGAUUGCCUAA